AUGAUUAUUAUGGAAGCAUGGGAAGGCCUCUACUUCAUUCUCCACAUGCUGCUGUUUUGUGCAGCUGAGAUUUGUGGCCACAGCAACCCUGUGAUGCAAAAAAUCAUUACUCUAUCUGACUGGUCUACAGUCAACAUGGAUGACCUAUAUAUUACUGGUCACCUGCAGUUCAUCAAGACUGUUAGAUAUCAAUGCAUGGAUCAUAGUGCUUUAGCACCUAUGCCAGCAUCUACUGUUUCUGCUUCUCAGCUGCUGGUGAUUGCUGCCAGACUACCUACUGUAAUGGUAUUAGUGGAGGUUAUGGGGGUAUUGGAUUCAUUCAACUUGUUUGUUGCCAGUACCAAAUAUAAGGUGCAGCAUUUGAAAAUAGAGAGAGAAAAUAUAGUUGAAGAGUUACUCAAAGAUCUGAAUGGAAUGCUCAAGUGGUGCAUAGAGAUCUUAGGAGAAGGAAGAAACAAAGAAAAAGACAAGCAGAGAGCCAGGACAUAUGUAAAGCUAAGAAUACUAAGGAAUAUGAUAGAAGAAAAACAAAAUGAGUCAGAAGGAAGAGAGAAUGAAAAGACCAGUAAACAGUGUGGUGUCAAAACUCAAGUAUCAACACUACAUCAUAGACCUAGAGAGUUCUUAAGAGGGAAACUUGUUGAUGUCAAGUUUUUAGCUCAGGCUUUCAAGCCCAUCUACAACACACUUAAAGCCUACAUUCAGGACCACAUCUAUAUGGAUAUAGAGCUAUCAAAGAGAUAG